AUGGCCACAGCAGCAGGACAGAAGGCGGGCCAUGUGGCGCUGGUGACGGGAGCCUUCCAGGGCAUCGGAUUUGCCAUCGCUACCCAACUCGCCCGCGCUCGCCCCGACUUCCACGUGUUGGUGGGCAGCAGAGAUUUGGCGAGGGGUGAGGAGGCGGUGGCCCAACUGAAGGCCGACGGUGUGGCCAACGUGGGCGUGCUGCAUCUGGACAUCGACGACAUAGGUUUUGGCAACGGUAUCAACGGCGGUGCGCAGUCCUCCAUCACCACUGCCGCCGACACCGUUGCCAAGACCUAUGGAGGGCUGGACGUGUUGGUGAACAAUGCUGGCAUGGCCUUCAAGGGGUUCAAUGUGGACGUAGCGAGGGCCACGCUGGCCACCCAUUACUACGGCCCAAAGAACGUGACCACCUACUUCCUGCCGCUCAUCAGGGACUAUGGACGUGUGGUGAACGUGUCCUCGCGAGCCGGCUUGCUCUCCAAGCUCUCCUCCGACGCUCUGAAACAGGCCUUCACCCGUGAGGACCUCACGCGUGAGGAGCUCGACACGCUGGCAGACAAGUUUGUGAGCGACGUGGCCAAGGACACGUUCACCGCAGAGGGCUGGCCGUCCACCACCUACGGCGUUUCCAAGAUUGCCGUGAAUGCCCUCACCCGCAUCGUUGCUCGAGAGGAAGCCAAGAACACCUCCCGGAAGGGCGUGUUGAUCAACGCAUGCUGCCCGGAAGCCGACGUGGCCGUCUACCUCGCCCUCCUGCCCCACGACUCGCACUACAACGGCCUCUUCUUCGCCAAACGUCAGCAGAUCGACUACUGA